AUGAAAAAGAAACAUUCCACUCAUCAAUCAUCUAGAUCUAGUAUUUUACUUCAUCAUGAUUCUUCGUUCUUCUACAGCGACGAGCAUCAUAUGAAUAUUAUAUUUGAUUUGAUUGUGUCCCCAGAAAUCAAUGGAUUCCUUAGGAAAGAGCCGACAACCCUGACUGCUCCAUAUAUCACUGCUCCCAUUAAUUAUCUUCGACCUCACCCCCUUAUAUCUUCCGACUGUUUAGCUUUAGAUGCAAACGAUUUCGCUACCUCAUUUCGCACUGUAGUAGGAAACUUUGAAGAAAUAUAUUUAAGCCAUCUGAUAGAAGGCAGUGCUGAGCCAGGACGUCGCGCCUUCAAGUUCAUCCUGAAGAAUAAAAAAAAAUCAUAA